UCCUGGGUGUCCACCAGGGCUUUUUCUGCUCGCAUCUGGAUCCCAGUACAACCUGCAAACGGUCCAGCGUCCUCUCCUACUGAAACCCUCGGCCUCCUCCGAUUCGGAAAAGAAAAGAGAAGAAGCCUGAAGAAACCCAAAUUGUUCCCGAUAACUUUCCACAGCCUGCUCUCCUCCCGUGGUUUUUUACUUUUCGUCGAAACUCUGAAGCAGUAGUGAGACUCUGUGAUUGUUGCCUUCAGUCUCAAAGAAAAAAAAAGUUUUCCCAUGUUUUAACCCCGUUUUUUUUUGUCGCGUCUUUGUGUGUUUUUCAAUUGAGUCUGGAACUCGACACUUAACCCACGUACCUGUAGCUGUGAGACGUCCGACGUGAACGGUGUUUUUUCGGUGUCUUUUCUGCUCUCCCGGCCUCUGCUGCUGUGAAUGAAGUAUCUGUUGAGCCGAAGAAAUCAGCGCGUCUCCAUGAGGAAACUCGACCGUGGACUCGCUGAAACUUUGUCCUAGCCGUGCACACACUCACACCUGAGCGACUUUAACAUUUUUACGGUUUUCGCUGUUAGUCUUCUUAUUUUUCUGUCUUCGCCUGGCCCAAAAUGAAGAGUUUGUUGGCGCUGUGUGUCGUGUGGACGGUGGUUGUGUUGUCGGUGUCGGGGACCGCGGAGCAAAAGUUGAACAACUGUAAUGAAGUUCGUGCUGCCUACAGCUCCAAAGGCUUCAACGUUAACGACGUCCCCAACAAAGGAAUCAACGGAGGCCACCUGAAAGUGUGUCCGCAGGGCUACUCCUGCUGCACUGUGGAGAUGGAGGAGAAGCUAAGCCAGCAGAGCCACACAGAGAUCAAAGCUCCCGUCUCCAAGCUUAGCACCAGCCUACAAUCCACCUUCAAACAGAGGCAUGACCACUUUGACAAGUUUUUCCGCGAGCUUUUGAAAAACGCAGAGAUUUCGCUGGACAGCAUGUUUGUGAAAACAUACGGGAUGAUGUACGUGCAGAACUCGGAACUUUUCAAGAACUUCUUCCAGUCCCUGACCCAGUACUACGCGUCCGGCAGCGCUGCCGUCAACUUGGACUCCAUGCUGUCGGACUUCUGGGCCGACCUUCUGGAGAGGAUGUUCCGGCUGGUCAACGUGCAGUACGAGUUCAGCGACACCUACAUGGAGUGCGUCAGCCGACAUACGGAGGAGCUGCAGCCGUUCGGCGACGUGCCCCGCAAGCUCCGCAUCCAGUUAACGAGGUCCUUUAUCGCCGCGCGCACCUUUGUGCGUGGCCUGGCGCUCAUGCCUGAGGUGGCCAAUAAAGUUUCCACGGUCAGCGCCUCUCCCAGCUGUGUGCGAGCGGCUAUGAAGAUGUUGUACUGUCCCUACUGCUCGGGGCAAGUAGCCCUGAAACCCUGCCAGAAUUACUGUCUGAAUGUGAUGCGUGGCUGUUUGGCUAACCAGGCAGACUUGGACACGGAGUGGAACAACUUCCUCGAUGCCAUGCAUAGUCUCGCCGAGAGGCUCGAAGGUCCCUUUAAUUUCGAGUCUGUCAUGGAUCCAAUUGAUGUGAAGAUUUCAGAGGCCAUCAUGAACAUGCAGGAGAACAGCAUGCAGGUGUCGCAGAAGGUUUUCCAAGGAUGUGGGAUGCCCAAAACAAGCACUGCCUUUCGUUCCAAACGUUCCGUCAAAGACUCCACCUUUACCAGCCGCUUCCGCCCUUACAGUCCUGAAGCAAGACCCACGACUGCUGCUGGAACCAGUUUAGAUCGACUGACAAGUGAAGUAAAAAAGAAAUUGAAGCAUGCCAAAAAGUUCUGGUCCACGUUGCCAGAGACUGUGUGUGUAAGCGAGGGGAUUGCAGCUGGUGAUGAGUGCUGGAAUGGUACAGCGAAAAGCAGGUACGAAUCAGAUGUCAUUGGCAGCGGGCUGGCCAAUCAGAUAUCAAACCCGGACGUGGACGUGGACAUAACAAAACCAGACACCGUCAUCCGCAGUCAGAUAGCAGUUUUGAAGGAAAUGACGAGCCGGCUCAAAGCUGCACACAGCGGCAUCGACAUUACUGCAGAGAGCGAUGAUGACGGCAGCGGAGAUGAGAGCGGCAGCGGUUGCGAUGGUCCUAACUGCGACAUAUACUUCUCUGUUCCACCAACGUCUGAUAAAGAAGGGGGUGGAAAAGCAGCGGGUGGAAAAGCAGUGGGUGGAAGUGCAGCGGCUGGAUCACCACGGGUUAAUCCAGUGCAAAGCAAUAACUCAGCUGGGGUCACCUCACGGGGAAGCAUGGCGCUGGCGCUCUGCGGGCUCGCCCUGGCCCUGUUAGCUCCCCACUUGAGAUAAAAGUGGCUGGGCAGGGAGAGGGAAGAGAACGACCAGGAGCAACAGCACGAAGGGGAAAACUGUCAGAGAGACUUUAAAAAACAAAAAAAGACUGCCUUCAGGACAUUGGACUGUCCACCGUUGGGGUGGGAGGGGAAGAAACUUCUUAAUAUUACAAUAACCUCACUAUUAACUAUUUGUUCGUAUGUUGUUAAAGACAUCAGUGUACAGCAGUAUGAUUUUUCUUCCCAAGAGAUCCACCUUUGUCGCCCAGAUAAACCUGUCCUCCAACAGCUCUCUCUGAGCUACUUUUUGGUUGUGCUUGCAGAAUUUCACACUUACCUUGGCAGUUUAAUCUCAUGAUUAACUUUGUGCCUUCUUCGAUGACUGACAUCUGACAUUUAAGCAUUAAGAAAGAUAUUGGGUCAAUCUCUGAGUGCCUGUGUUGGGACACAUCUUUAAAUUUCUGAGGCUGGUUUUUCUAUCAGUCAGAAAACACGACUAAAAGAAACAGAACCCAUGUGAUGCUGUCUUGUUACUAAUUCAAAGCUUUUUUUUAUUUUUUUGCACAUUAUAAAAGUGCAUACUGUGAAUAUUUGUGCCUGUGUGCAUUUAUACUUUUAGAAAGGUGAGAAAUUCUGAAGCUUUUUGAGACUUGUUUUGUUCGGUUUGCUUUGGAGGCAGCUCGUCUCAGAAAUGCAGUGAGAGUUUACAGCACAGGUGCUCAUGUUUGACCAGAAGAUGGCGUCGUUCUGUGGAAGAGUCUGCGGGGCGCUCUGCAAGCCCCUAACACACACACGUACGUUUGCUGUGAGCAUUUUCGCAUCUUAACUUUAAUUUCCUCAUUAUUAUUUCAUUGAACUUCUUUCAGCUUAAACAGUUCAAUAGUAAGGUCAUACCUCGUGCUUACUGAGUCAAUGCAAUCUAGACGAUGAGGUUGAGAGUGUCUGAUAGAGUUAGAUAUGUGGCUGAUGUCCCCUGCCAUUAAACCCCCAAGAAGGCAAAGCUGACAUGUCCCAAAUGCCCUUUUUUUUUUUUUUUUUUUUUUUUUUUUUGGUACUGUAAGCUCAGUUCGGCACAGAAGAUCUGACUCUAUACAGUCUUAACGUUUGGAAAGAAAAGAGGGCAACAUGCACGUUUUUGGAGCUUUUUAAUUAAACAAGACAAGAGGAACAAACGUCAGUGUUUUAAUCAAAUGGAAAUCUAGAAAAGAUUAUUUUAAUACAGGGUUUUAUGUUGAGGAGGUGUUGAGAUUUUUAGCUUUUUUGGUAUGAAGAUAUAUAUUAGGUACUACAGUGGAUUUUACUGGUAGUUGUAGGUGGUGGAAGAGGUCAGUGUGCACAGAUAAGGGGGGCGCUCUGGUCAGUGUGCACAGGUUUUGGGGCCUGUUUUUCUGGCCCACGUUCACGUCCCACAGUACACGCUUGUACCUCGAUAAAUGGCCUGUGUCAGUGUAAAUGGACUCAUUCUGAACGGUUCUCAUCAUUUCAACUCAAAGUUAAGUGUUUUCACAAUUACUACCAAAAUUAAUGCAAUGAAAGGUGCCUGAUUAUUUUUUUAUAUGUUUGGUACAUUACUAGCAUCUUCUUAAGGUUUUUUUUGUUUGUUUUUUGGAAAAGAAAAGAAAGUAGCUGUUGAUGAUGAUUUAUGAUCUAUCUGCUCAGAUUCCCUGAAAGGUGUUUUGAGUAUAUUGUUACCAGCUGACAAGCACAAUGUAAGUUUUCUUCUUGGAGCUUUUCAUUUGAUAAUCGGGUCUGUUAAGUUGCAUUACCUGGACAUUUCAUCUCUACAAUGAUGCCGACUCAUGCAGCAUCGCUGCACUAAUGUAUUCCAUGUAUUUCAAACAUGCAUUUAGAACUUACAGGUUAUCAAAAAUGCAACAUCUACAAUGUUUCAGUGUGGAGAAAAAUAUACAUUUUUGUAAAAGUAUAACGAAAAGAUUUGGAGCUUUGCAUCUUGUCUUGUCUGGCUUUGACAUUAACAGGUUGAUCUUGAGCUUACGGGACAUCUUCAGGUUAUCAGGUUACAUCCGCAAUCAUCAGACGAGGACGUCGUAUCAAGAUCUGACCUUGAAGGAUUUGAUGAAACAUCUAUGCAACCCGUAUGAAAUACUGAAGCCUUAAUUUAAAAUCACGAAGCUGUGCUUAAGCAGCUCGAUUUGGCAUUACUUCUGCAGGUGACCAGUUUAAUUCUAGGUUACUGUUUUUUCUCCCUUGUGUUCCACCAACAUUUCCACAAGGGCUCGUGCACGUGUUCGUGUCAUGUGGGAGGAGUUGUGUCGAAUGUGAAGAAGCCCGACCUUUGGAGAGACGGAAGAAAUGUUUUAGGCUGACGAUGGUGACAAAAAUGUCUGUGCUUGCAGGCCAGGGCAGCAAUGUUUCCAGCUGGCAGGAGUUGGUCCAGCUGCUGGAAGACGUCCAUUCGGUCCACAGAGCGAGUUCAGUCUUGUCUUUUAAAGUUGGACUGUUGUUGAAACCUUUCCAUGUAUGCCUUUGGCCCACAAGAGCAGAAAGUACUCUCUCUCUGAGGAGGGAGGGAGUGACUGAAAAGAGUGGAGGAAAAAAGUGUAAAUAAAAAGCAGCGGUUUUAGAUGUCUCUAAAAGAGGCCCUACAAGUACACCAGAUUUCUACUUGUCAGAGUAUCUCCUAAAUGUUAUGGAAAACAAGAUGAGAUAGAUGUUAAAGUGUAAGAGAAAAUGUAUAUUAAACAACAUUUUUAGUCUUGUUGAAAUAAAGACUGCCAAUAUUUAAA